UUGCCACCGCCAGCUAGUUCGUGUUGCGGUGCUGACUCUAGUACUAGUUCCUAACCUGAUGCCUAGAUGGCUUCAUGGAUGUUGAGAUAUUGCAGUCUACUUGCAUUGAUCAACAGAGGGGCACGGAAGGCCCAUGUAUUGGUUGGAUGGGUCCUCCGCUAUCUAUUGGAACUAUCAUAUUUUGACAGAAGCAAGCAAGAAGCAACUAUAGGCCGUUGGAUGGCUGUAACUUUGUGAGCAUUUAGGACAAGUUUUCAUCCCUGGUUGUUUCAUUUUGUUGAUAAAUAGGUGGUAUGCGUAUAUCAACAGUGACUACCAGUCUACCACAACAUUGAAGAAGAUGCCUUCAAUCCAGAAAGCCUUGCCUCCGGAACUUGCUGAUAAUGUGCUCAGGUUAUAUCGUGAAUGCUUACGGAGGGCAAAGUAUAUUGGGCAUCAGAAACACAAUACAGAGCUUUUAGUCACCAUGGUGAGGCAACAAUUCAAGAAAAACAUGCAUGAAACUGAUCCAGAGAAGAUACAGAAAAUGAAGGAUGAUGCUGCAAGGGGCCUUAUCAAUCAUAUUCUGUAUGAGUCUGAGAAGAUUACAGGACGCAAAUUUUCAGGUUAAAACGGAAGUUAAAACUAGACUUACAGUGUGCUGUAUGAAUAAUAGUAAAAACAAUUUACUUUCUUGCCUUGAAUUAUUCCAACUCUAUUGUACGAGGAUCUGCAAAUGUUUCCUUCCGAUUGCUGAGUACUCAAAUUAUUACAACAAUGAUUUUCAGUAACAAUGAGUUUGGCUGUCUUUUUUUUUA